UUUGACAUGGAAUGUCAAUUUGUCACGCAACAGACAGAGCUCUAGUCUAGCUAUGGUCUAGCUCUUAUAUGAUACGUAGGCGAUUUAUAGUUAUAAAUUGCCUAUAAAUUACAAAAUUGUGUUAAUUUCGAUUAAUUCGAAAAUGACCAAUUUUUAUUAUAAACAGUAUUGUUUCUAAAUUUUAUUUUAAACUUAGUUGAUACAUAAUAAGUGAAAAUGGGUUCUAAAAUUAUGAUUGGGUUUUUGGGGUUGUCAACAGUAGUUGUGACUUUCCUGGCAACACGUCUCUACAGAGACCUUCUUAUAAGCUAUGAGCAGAGCUCCUCUGCUCAUGAAUAUUCUUGGUUCUUUCACCUGUUAUUAAAUAUGGCUGGGUACUCAACAAUCCUGCUGCCAGGUUUCGUUAUCUACAAGUAUAUACAGAAAACAAACUACUUCGACAAACUGAGCUCACCAGGCUGUCUGUCCCGCAGCCUGUUCGCAAUAUUUGGAGACCCCGGCGAGCGCCUGCCCACUACUGACGCACCAAAAAUAGAAGACAGUCCGCGCCGCGAGGCAGCCGAGCUGGCGCUGUGCUUCAGUGGACUCAUGACGGCUUAUCUCGUGUGGGGGCUGCUGCAGGAGAAGAUCAUGACACAGACCUAUACGAUGUCCGACGGCUCCACCGUGAAAUUCAACGACUCCCAGCUGCUAGUGUUCAUCAACCGGCUUCUCGCAUUCUGUAUCGCAGUGGGCCGUCUGCUCUGGACUAGGACUCCCUUGUUCCCGGUGCCCUUGUAUCAGUUCUCGUACUGCUCGCUCAGCAACAUAGUCAGCGCGUGGUGUCAGUAUGAAGCGCUCAAGUUUGUCAGCUUUCCUAUGCAGGUGCUAUCCAAAUCGUGUAAAGUGAUCCCGGUGAUGCUGAUGGGCAAGGCCGUGUCGGGCAACAAGUACGAGCUCUAUGAGUACGUGACGGCCGCCAUGAUCUCCGUGGGUAUGGUGCUGUUCAUGCUUUCAAGCAAGGAUGAAUAUGCAGCUGGCACAUUCUCCCUCGCAUCAGGCAUAACCCUCCUCGCGCUGUACAUGUGCUGCGACAGCUUCACGUCGUCGUGGCAGGCGCGGCUGUUCGCACGCACACGCGCCGCGCCACUGCACAUGGUGGGCGGUGUCAAUCUGUUCUCGGCGCUGCUCACCGCUGCCGCGCUACUGCAGCAGCCGCCCGCCACCGCCGCGAACCCGCGCUGGUCGUUACUACAGCACCCGCAGUUCGCGACCGACGUGGUCCUGCUGUCGGUGAGCUCGGCGCUGGGGCAGCUGCUCAUCUACCGCACCAUCGCGCGCUUCGGCGCCGUCGUCUUCACUAUCAUCAUGACACUGCGGCAGGCGGUGUCUAUCCUCCUAUCGUGCCUCGUGUACGGGCACCGGCUGUCGUUCGCGGGCGUGCUGGGCGUGUGCGUGGUGUUCGCGGCGAUAUUCCUGCGCGUGUACUGCCGCCAGCGCCUGCGCCGCCGCCGCGGCGCCAGCACCUAGCGCCGCGCCGCCGCCGACAGGACGACGCACGUGCGGCGAGAGAGUCCAGUGUAGGUAGAGAGUUACAGGCAGACACGCAGGGGGCGAUCUGUUCCUAGUUAGCGUAUUUUAAGUAAGUUUGUGCGUGGUGUUCAAGGCGAUGGAGGCAGGACGAGAAGCGUGCGGCGCGAAAGUCAAAUGUAGGAUGUAGGAUUGCAGCGAGCAACUGGUUCCUUAAUAAUUAGCAUUUGACAAGAUUUGGCGCCCAGGGCUUAUCGGUUGGCCGCCCCAUAGCCGCCUCGCACUGACCGCGAAGUUCAUCAGCGUCGCCCUUGCCCUUUUGGCCAUAGCGCAAAUAUGCCCCUGUUCCUAGUACAAGGUUAACCCUGUGAACGCCACGACUUUUAUAUAUAACGGGCCAUCGUAAACUCGUCUUUGGCGGUUGAAGGGUUAAUAUCUGUAGUUAGCGGGGGUGCUUGAGGAGUAAAACCAGUGUUUAACUGUACGCGCCUAUAUCUGGAUCCGGAUCUGGUGUGUUCCAUACUAGUUGGAUGUGGAUUGAAAAUCUGCCCUCUACUCCACUUAUCGACUUAUUCAAAUGUACAUAAAUGUAAAAAUAUUGGCAGCGUUCAUUUUAAGUUUGGUACUUCGGAGCGUAGUAAAGUAACUGAAAGAACGCAACGCAGUUUGUAGUGAAAACUAGAUUGCAAAAUACUGUUUUAUCUGAAAGUUGCUCUAAUUCUUAUUUAUAUUAGUGAUUUAAUGUAUGCUGACAUUGACUUAAAUUAGAAAUUUGUGGGCCUGAAUUACAAAUAAAGUUAGAAAUGGCUUCCAUUUUUGGAUGGAGAUUGCCUCCAAUUGUUGUUAUUGUUCUAGUGUGUUCGGUGUGUGGCUUUCGACGCAGUUUCAUCGCCGACAUAUCUAAAGACUGACAAGAUUCUAUUUUGCCGUGAGAUAAUAUCCCGAUAAACAGCUUACAUAUUAUAUGGUAAUAAUGUGCGUACGUCACAUUUAGUUAAAGUUACUCGUAUUACCGGUCAUGUCAACGACCAAUUUCAAACCAUUGUUUAUUGGAAGGAUACGCAAUCCAUCGUCCUUUCUUUUUAAGUAAAUAUUUAAUUGUAGGUACCUAAGUAUACUUAAUAUUUUUUCUUAUAUCUUUGGUUAACUUUUUUGGCAUUUUUGUGGUGACAUUGUUUAUCAUUGCGAAAUAUUUUCUUCUUGUUUAUACCGGUCAAUUCAAUGACUUUCAACGACUUGUCAAAGAGUACUCCUUUCCAGUAGAAUAAAUUAGUACCACUGAAAAUCCAGAACAUUGCGAAGGCCAAAUAGGAUCUUGUCGGGCUAUACGAGAGGAAGCGAAGUUUGAGGUGAAAGUUGUUAUGUAGUACACAGUGUACAGUAGUGUACACACCUGGUACACACGCACUAAGCGCAAUAAAGGGUACGUUUUUGUGACAUUUAUUUUCCCUGGAGAAUUAAGAUGUUCUGCAAAAAAUUUAAACUUUUUUAGUUCAAAUUUUCAUACUGUAACGAGUAAUUUCUGUUGAUUUAAUCAAUGUAUAUUAUGAAAUAUGAGCUUAGCCAUUAGGAGUUUAUACAUGGUUUUUACAUGUAGAGUGUUCGGAAGUCGCUUAUCUACUCGCAGAUAUACUAGACUUUACAUACACGGCGGACAGUGUAUCCGGCUUAAUCAAGAAAAAAGCCUUGCGGCGGCACUCCUGUGUGUUUCUGUACACUUAAGGAAUGGUAGACGGGGUUUUGGUGGACAUUUUUGACACAUUGACUAGUAUGUAUUUUUAUAUCAGGACAGAUAAUCACUAAUCAGUCCUGCAACCCCUGUAGAGAUGACUUUACAUUUUAACAUAUAUUUUUUUUUUUUUUUUACAUAUGUUUCAAUUCCAAAAGACCCGUUUGUAUCUACUUCUGUAUUGUUAUGUCAGUCCUCGAAUGAUUAGUAUUGGUCCAGUAAAAUCACAAAUGCAUAAUAAGAUUAAUAAGACAUCGGAUUUUAAGUCGCACAACUAGAUGACAUGUAGGUUCCUAUAUCGAUAAACUCAAUAAAAAUAUAAAAUUGACUCCCUGAAAUCCCAUGUCUGUUCUGUACUAUCGUAAUUGUAUACAUAUUUUGUUUUUAGUACAAUGCCCCUGUGCAAUUGUUGUACAUUGUUAUUAUAGCCAAAUUUAUUUACUUGUGAUUUGUGAUGUGUUUAUGUUGUAUUUUAUAUUUGAUCAGAAUUACUAUUUUAUUUAUAGAAUUACUAAAACUAAUUAUUAUUAUUACCUUUUCUACAAAUUUCACAAAUUGUAAGAAUAAGAAUAAGAAUUUGUCAUGUACUAAUUAAAAUAACGUUUAUGUGACGUUACCGUGCCGCAUUGUAUGAUUUGCCAUUAAAUCACAACCUUUUUGUGCGUGCGUGGUAGAGUUUUCAUAUCAGAUUAUUGUUACUUAGAGUAGCAAAAUACAUAUAUUUCGACAUUAGUUUUUAUGAAAUGACAAUACUUAAUUAUAAUUGUGUAAAUAUUUAUUGACUAUCAUAAAUAUGUAUAAUUAUACACCAUUUACAUGGAAACAUCAUGUUUGCUAGCGUGAUGAAUGAAAUGAAAUGUUUACAAGGAUGUAGAUGAGAGUUCGGCUAAGUCAGGUCGGCAGCUGUCUGCAGCGUCAAAGUGUCAAGAUUCCUAUGAAAACGUAACGCUUAUGCUUUGUCGCUAGCAAGUCGUUGUUGUCUUAAAUUUAACUGGUUCUAUACUCUGUAUCUUUAGGUAUUUAAAUAAAAGUAAACGAAUAAUUUGUACAUUUUCGGGUACUUAGUAAUAAUAUUUAUUGGUUAACCAACCAAAUACAAAACCGCCUGGCUCUGGUUCAGUCACCUGAACGACCUGAUUUUAACCUAUAUUUACUAUUAUUUGAUCAUGUAGUGUUUACAUCUACCCUCAACUGGCUUAAGGAGCCGUUUGAGGGUAGAUUAUGUAUAAUUUUAUUUAAAUACCUAAAGACACGAGAGUAUAAGUAUGAUGAGUUAUUGCACAAAGAAGUAAUGAAAAAAUAAAUUUUCACUAAAAUGUGUUUUAUAUGUUUUUGAAACUCGAGGAAAUUAAAGGUUUAUUGCUAUAUAUUAAUAUAUAGUGUUUUUAUAAGAUUCCGCUAAACCUGAGAUAAAAAAAUUGAUUGAAUGUAAAUCUAUUACCCAUUCAUUCAUUUGUACCAUUUAACAAGUACGUUUGUACCGUUUUAUACUCGCCAUCUGAUAUAAUAAGGUACUAUACACCAACACGCACCACACUUUUACAUAAUGCAUACUACGUCACGUAUUAUUAUUUUAUAGGCAUGCUACUAAAUAUUUAUGUAUAUAUAUGUUUUUUUUUGUUACAUCGUGAAUCGUUCGUGAUCUGGGUUCUAGCAGAAUUAUCAGUGCUUCACCCGAAAGAGUGGAGCGUAUUACUGAGCCAGAACCCUUUUGUUUUGCUGCAACGCACACAGCACACAUUACCUUUUAUUGAUGCUUUUUGCUCUUUAUUUAAUUUUUAUUUUGGUGUUGCUAUUGUUUGUAUCAUUUUUUUGUAUAGUUGUGUGUAUUGUGGCAAGCGAAUAAAUGGUUUAUCUAUCUAUCUAUCCAACAAGUGUAAAAUACAUUAAAUUUUCCU